AAGCCUUCGCGGAGGGGAAAGCAUGGGGCUGUACGCGGCCGCCGCGGCCGUGCUAGCCGGCGUGGAAAGCCGUCAGGGCUCCCUCAAGGGAUUGGUGUAUUCCAGCAACUUCCAGAACCUGAAGCAGUUGUACGCUCUGGUGUGCGAGACGCAGCGCUACUCGGCCGUGCUGGACGCCGUGAUCGCCAGCGCCGGGCUCCUUCGCGCGGAGAAGAAGCUGCGGCCGCACCUCGCCAAGGUGCUCGUGUAUGAACUGUUGCUGGGGAAGGGGUUUCGAGGGGGCGGAGGCCGGUGGAAGGCACUGCUGGGCCGGCACCAGGCAAGGCUCAAGGCCGAGCUGGCCCGACUCAAGGUUCAUCGGGGUGUGAGCAGAAAUGAGGACCUGCUGCAGGAGAGCUCCAAACCCGGCCAAGCCUACCAGGUACCACGGUUCGUGCGCGUGAACAUGCUCAAGACCUGCCCUGAGGAUGCGAUCGACUACUUCAAAAGACAAGGUUUCUCCUACCAGGGUCGGGCUUCCAGCCUGGAGGACUUGCGGACUCUCAAGGGGCAACAUUUCCUUUUGGAUCCCCUCCUGCCUGAGCUACUUGUAUUUCCUGCACAGACAGACCUGCACGAUCAUCCGCUCUACCGUGCGGGCCAUCUCAUCCUGCAGGAUAAGGCCAGCUGCCUCCCAGCCAUGCUGCUGUCCCCCGCCCCAGGCUCCCAUGUCAUUGAUGCCUGUGCUGCCCCUGGCAACAAGACCAGCCACAUUGCAGCCCUUCUGAAGAACCAGGGGAAGAUCUUUGCUUUCGACCAGGAUGCAAAGCGGCUGGCAGCCAUGGCUACAUUGCUGGCUCGGGCCGGAGUCUCUUGCUGCGAGUUAGCAGAGAAGGACUUCCUGACGGUUUCUCCCUCUGACCAGCGUUACGGCCAGGUCCAGUACAUCUUGCUGGAUCCUUCUUGUAGUGGCUCUGGCAUGCUGAGCCGGCAGCUGGAGGAACGUGGGGAAGGCAUGCCUAGCAAGGAGCGCUUGCAGGCCUUGGCUGGGUUCCAGCAGCGGGCUCUGUGCCAUGCACUCAGGUUCCCCUCUCUGCAACGCCUAGUCUACUCCACAUGUUCCCUUUGCCAAGAAGAGAAUGAAGACGUGGUCCACGAGGCUCUACAGCAGACCUCAGGGUCAUUCAGAUUGGCUCCUGUCCUACCCACCUGGCCUCACAGAGGUCUGAGUACCUUUCCAGGGUCCGAGCACUGCCUCCGGGCUUCCCCUGAGACCACACUCACUGGUGGCUUCUUCAUUGCUGUGUUUGAACGUGCAGAGGUGGUGUCAAGCCCAGCCCCGCAGACCAGUGCAAUGGCUCCGGAACCUCUCAGCCAAGCCCCAAAGAGAAAGAGAAGACGCAAGGCAGCGGCUGGUGCGGGCACGCACCCAGGCACAUAGGCCCCCAGUGCCCACAGCCAGCAGAACCAUCCUCCUUGUGGGAGCCCUGCUUGUCUGGAAGGGAAGAUGAUGUCCUGGCACUCGCAUAGUCCAACCAGUCAAGAGUUCUUUGCUUCACAAAUAAAGGACAAAACUCAGAUCUA